AAAUCAAUCGAGUCCGGUCCCACCAUCCUUUUCGCCCUAUGACCGCGCCCCGCUCCGCCUCUUCCUCCGCCACCGCCGUCUCGAAAUCCUCCUUCUACUCGUCGCCCUCCGCCCUCUCCGUCGCCAGCCUCCUCAGUUCCUGCCGCUCGCUUCUCGGUCUCCAGCAGAUCCACGCUCACAUUGUCCGCAAGGGCCUCGAGCAGCACCCUGUUCUCGCCACCCGCUUUCUCUCCCUCUGCGCCGCCUUCUCCGCCCCGGCCUACGCCUCCUCCUCCUUCGACCGCAUCGCUUCCCCCAACCUCAUCACCUGGAACGCCCUCCUCGGCGCCCACGCGCGCUGCUCCCCACUCCCCACUAUCGUCUCCCUAUUCAACCUCCUCCGCCAACGCUCCCCCGUGCCUCCUGACGAAUUCACCUUCCCCUCCCUCCUCUCAUCCUGCUCCCGUUCGGAGGAAAUCAACGUAGGUUCCUCUGUCCACGCCACCAUACUCCGCUGCGGCUUGGAGACGGAUGUCUUCGUCGGAACCGCCCUCGUUGAUUUCUACCGCAAGUGCCGCGAGGUUGGCGCAGCGAGGAAGCUGUUCGAUUCGCUACUACUCCGGAAUGAGGUGUCUUGGACAGUAAUGAUUGCUGGCUACUUGAGUUCCGGCGAUCAAACAUCCGCGAGGUCUCUUUUUGAUGAAAUGCCGAAGAGAAAUGUGGUAACUUGGAACUCCAUGAUCGAUGGCUACGUCAAGUCUGGCGAUUUGGUAAGUGCCCGUGAACUUUUCGAUGAAAUGCCCCAGAAGGAUGCUAUCUCCUACACUUCACUGAUAGAUGGGUAUGCUAAAGCAGGGGACCUGGCAUCGGCUAAGUUCUUGUUUGAGCAAUCGCCAGAUAAGGAUUUGUUUUCAUGGUCAGCCAUGAUCUCAGGGUUUGCUCAGAAUGGCCGGCCGGGUGAUGCUCUGAAGAUAUUCCUUGAGAUGCACAAUCUGAAUAUCAAGCCUGAUGACCAUAUUGUGGUUGGUUUGCUGUCAGCAUGCUCCCAGAUAGGCAGCCUUAUGUUGGCCAAAUGGGUAGACUCAUAUGUCAUCAAGAAUGGAAUCGACAUCACCAAGGCCCAUGUGUUGGCUGCUUUGAUAGACAUGAAUGCAAAGUGUGGAAACAUGGAAAGAGCUGCUAGGCUAUUUGAAUCGAUGCCGAGCAAGGACUUGAUCUCCUAUUCUUCUCUGAUGCAAGGGUAUUCUAUUCAUGGUGCAGGACACAAAGCGUUGGAGUUAUUCUCUCAAAUGCUAGAGGAAGGGCUUUUGCCUGAUGAUGUUACAUUCACAGUGGUCCUAACAGCAUGCAGCUACGCUGGUCUAGUCGAAGAAGGCAAAAAGUAUUUUGAGUUGAUGAAUAAAUAUCGAAUUGUUCCUUCUUCCGAUCAUUAUGCAUGCAUGGUAGAUCUUCUUGGGCGGGCAGGAAGGUUAAAAGAAGCUUAUGAUCUAAUCAAAUCAAUGGUUGUGGAGCCUCAUGCUGGAGCUUGGGGGGCACUACUCGGGGCAUGUAAAAUUCAUGGCGAUAUAGAAUUAGGGGAAGUUAUUUCCAAAAGACUCUUCGAGUUAGAGCCAACAAAUGCAGGUAACUAUGUGGUGCUCUCAAACAUCUAUGCUGUGGCAGAUAGGUGGGCUGAUGUACCUAAGGUGAGAGCUACUAUGAGAGAGAAAGGGAUUAGAAAACUGCCCGGUUGUACUUGGAGCUAGGCUAUCCAGAACUGUGUUCCUGCUCUUGGGUUGUUUUUGAUGGAGUGACAGACUUGUUUUUUCAUGAUUGCACAGUUUCAGAAUUUGUUUCUUGGAAAGUCAAUCAUAUUCAGGACUGGAGUAGAAUAAUUCUGAACAGUAUUCAUUGGAUGACAAGUCUGUUUCUCCUCGUUCUUGUGUGAAGAAUUGGCAUGGCUUCUACUAACAGACUUAAUAGACUUCUACUGAAAGUAUCUGCAAGUCGACACUAACCAUGUUAUUUUCCAACAGACCACAUAUUUAUUGCUGGUGUUGGGCGUGAGAUUGAUUAUGCUUCUGAAGUUGGUGAUAAUUUAUUACCAGUGCCAGGUAAGGUUGCAUACACGGAAAGGGUAUCAAAUAUGAUAACAUUCUCAUAUCCGAUUGAAUUCCAUCGCCGACGAGAUAUCAGUGGAUAAAUGUUGUUGUAGGAUGCUUGAAACAAUGCCAAGUCCUCUGGAUUAUGAUCUUAACUAAAUCAGAACUGUACUUAGAAAUGUGAUGAAGGUUUGCUGGCCUCAACUUCAUUUUAUUUUUGCUCGGAUGUCCAAAUAUCUUACUUGAUGAUCUUGCGAAAAUGUAUGCCAACCUUUUAUUAUUUCCCAGAUAAACAAUUUGUCUUGUAAACGAGACUUAUUCUAUUACCUUGCAAGGGUGAGCAGCUUGCUGGUUUGUAUACCUUCAAGUUAAUCUUUCAUUGAGCUUUCUCAGGCAGCAGUAUCUUGUGAGUCUCGGCUGGUCUAACAGCCCCAGCAUGUAGCAGUUCUUUAUGUUUGUAAAAAUUGCUGUCAUUUGGAACAUUGAAUCUUGGAAACGACUCUAUAUGAUGAAAUCACUGUCAAUUCAACAUCCUCAAGCUUUUAUUUUAUGAAACCGGAGCAUCAUAUAAAUGAAACUUUCUGAACUUCCAAUGGCCUUUCUUGUUCUUUGUGGUUCAACUGCCCAAAAAUCAAAAUCCACAAACAUUAAUGGAAGUGACAGUUUCACUAGCCAUUUACAAUCUUCGAUGAGAGUAUAGAAUGUUUUACUGCCUGAUGUAACAAAUUGCUGAUGUUUCAACAAGGAGAUAUUAUUACUUUGAUGAUGUAUCAAAUAUCAAUCUAAAUAUUCAGCUACUUUACCAUGUUUAUGAAGCAUGUCUUGAUUCUCUUUAAAUCUCUCAAGACUGUACCUGGACAACUUGGUAGAUUGGUCAGUAUGAAGUGUAGGAUACAUGAAGC